AUGGGCCUAUUUUGGGAUUGUCUCUAUGGUUUGAAAGUUAAAUUUACCAACCAUUACUUUCAAUGGAAGAUUAUAUAUUUUGGUGUUUGGCAAGAAGCUGCUGGUGCAUUGUGGAAUUUAUCAUUUGAUGAUAGAAAUCGAGAAGCAAUUGCAGCAGCUGGUGGUGUUGAAGCCUUGGUUGCUCUUGCACAUUCCUGUUCAAAUGCAUCUCCUGGUCUUCAAGAGAGGGCUGCGGGUGCUCUAUGGGGUUUAUCAGUGUCUGAAGCCAACAGCAUUGCUAUUGGACGAGAAGGUGGUGUUGCCCCUCUUAUUGCGCUGGCACGAUCUGAGGCCGAAGAUGUCCAUGAGACUGCUGCUGGAGCUCUGUGGAAUCUUGCUUUCAACCCUGGUAAUGCUCUCCGUAUAGUUGAAGAAGGGGGGGUUCCUGCCCUAGUUCAUCUUUGUUCUUCAUCUGUAUCAAAAAUGGCACGCUUCAUGGCUGCAUUGGCAUUGGCAUACAUGUUUGAUGGAAGAAUGGAUGAAUUUGCACUGGUAGGGACUUCAUCAGAAAGUACCUCAAAGAGCGUAAGCUUAGAUGGAGCAAGGAGAAUGGCUUUGAAGCACAUUGAAGCUUUUGUCCUUACAUUCUCUAGUCCACAUGCCUUCUCUGCCGCUGCUGCACCAACAGCCUCUGCAGCAUUGACACAAGUAACAGAGUCAGCUCGGAUCCAAGAAGCAGGUCAUCUGAGAUGCAGUGGGGCUGAGAUUGGAAGAUUUGUUGCCAUGCUACGAAAUCCUUCUUCUAUCCUGAAGGCAUGUGCUGCAUUCGCUCUUCUCCAGUUUACCAUUCCGGGUGGCCGGCAUGCACUCCACCAUGUUAGCCUUUUGCAAAAUGCGGGUGCACCACGGAUUCUACGUGCCGCAUCUGCAGCUGCAACAGCCCCGAUCGAAGCCAAAAUCUUUGCAAGAAUCGUACUUCGGAACCUUGAGCACCACCAGAUAGAACUUUCAAUCUAAAGACUAGCCUUGCUGGGAAUACCUUCUCACUUAUACUCAUCAUUGAAGACCUAUGUCAUCCUCCAUAAGUCCCCAUCUCAGUAUCAGCAGUCUAAAAGCAGCCAGCCAUGGCAGCAUCAACAGUUCGCAUGAAAUCAGACUAAACCAAGGCGUGAGAAGGCCUUAGGUAGCAAUCGAGAUGCAUUCAAUUCAGGCAAGAGAUGACGCCCGUUUCUCCUAGGAAUAUAUUUUGCCCUGUAAAUCCUUCUGAGUACAAACUUUGCUGUAAGGUGGUUUGCUUAGGUUUGUCUGUGCUCUUAUAUUUUUCUUUUUUUCUUCUGUUGUUUUAACUUGCCGUCUCUUGUUUAAUUAUAAACAUGGUAAACAUAAUUUUGGUGAGGAAUUGUUUGAGAGACCAGUACCUUACCAGUUUUUGGGUUCUUUAUUCAUUGUGACAUUUGUGUUGUAUAAUUGUAUGUUAGAAGCUAUUUUGAGCCUUGAUGGAGUUUUGGUUGAAUCUUGUUACCAUCAUUGGAG